AAGUUUAACCAAAACAGUUGCGCGUUUUCAUAGAAUCAAAAAUAAUACGCGUUUAAUCAGUUAACCUCGAUGAGUCGAUGAGUUUGAAGAUUGCACCCAUGUCUUAAUUUUAGGUGCAGACGUAAGGUUUAGGUGAAUUUGUUAGCGGCUAGUUUUGCAGAAUGACGUACUUUAAUGUGUGCACACAGUGGCUAUGUUUCUGCAACCACUCCGUCGCUGUUAGCUCCUUGUGCUAGCCUUAACCUCAAACGUAUCCGUAGCUUGUUGAACAGUUGUCGCGUUAGAUGUAGAUUCUAAUAUAUAUGAUUGCUAAACUUAAUGACGAUGGCCAUGGACCGAAAAACGGCGAGGCUGGAAAGUCAAUUGUGUAAAGCGGUGAAGGAUGGAGACCCCAGAGCUGUGCAACUACUGCUCUCACAGGGUGCAAGCCCUGACCUGGUGGGUAGCAAGGGGGUGGCUGCAAUGCACUUGGCUGUGGGCAAAGAGACUGAGAAGAAUACACGCUGCUUGAAAAUGCUGCUGCAACACGGAGCAAACCCCAACAUCAGGUCAUCAGAUGGCUUGACUCCUCUUCAUGUUGCAGCACUGUGGGGAUGUUUUCAAAAUCUCAAGCUGCUCUUGAUAAAUGGAGGAAACCCAAACAUUAAAGAUAAUGAAGGGAACACACCAAAACAGCUGGCAGAGCAACAGGAAAAUCAAAAAUGUGCUCAUCUCCUUCAGGAAUACCAGAUCAGCUCAGUGGAGACUGAGGAGGAUGACUUGCCACAGUUCCAAUACUCUGUGUAUUCAGAGCACACUGACACAUCCAGCUAUCCAGAAUCGGACUACAGCUUCAGUUCCCGCUCGUCAAUGAUAAGUGAAUUUGGUGAAGCUCCAAUGAGCAGCACAAGGCGCUCUUCAUUUUUCAACCUGUCUAACAUUAAUGGGAGGCCAAGUUGCAGAGAAAUGCCAUAUGACAGAAUUUCUGGUCCGUCCAUACUUUCAAGCACUCGCAUGUCUGCGGUAGAACCUGCAGUUGCGAUGUCGAUUCUCAAAGAGGAUGAUUCAUGUACUGAUGACGGCAUGGUCAUUUCAGGAGCAAACAAACAUUCUGCUGCAAAUGAUGGCAGAGCGUCUCUUUCCAGAAGAGACACCCUUCCUGCAUUUUUCUCAAGCAGGCAAACAAUUCGGAAGAGCGUGAGCUUCAGAGAUGUAGACGAAUAUUUCCCCGUCUUCAGUCCUGAAUCACCCAAAAAGGAUCUCGCUGCUGUUGAUGACAGCCGGCCCGGCAGCCGCUUAGCUUUCGACAUGACCGAGUACCCUGAUUUCCUGCAUUCAGAGCGUAUGGCCACUGUUUUGCACAAGCAGGGGAUCGACGUCACAUCGCCAGAUCAUGUUUACGUUUUCUGUAGGGUUAGCAGUAGUAGCACAGAAGAGGACUUGGACAAAACAGUCAUGAGUCGCUGUGCUUUUGAUGAACAGGAAACCGAAAAUGUAAAAGAGGAUCAGGGGAAUAUACCUGAACAUCAAGCACAUUUCACUGCUGGCAGCAGUGGCAGUGGGACUGGUAGCAGCCAUUAUAGUAGCUGUGAGAGUGAUCAUUACACUAGUGCUCUGGAGGCUUCUGUACACCCGCGGCAUCAUUUACUCCCUGCGGUAGAGGAAGUUUCUGCUGGGGCUGGAACUGACAGAGUGACUCAGAUUUCUACUGAUUCUGAGACUGAAUUUACAAGGCUAGAUGGGAAUUUUCCACGUGUUCGAGAAGAGACUAAGGUGGAUACAGAAUGUGACACUAAGGAGUCUUUACCAAACAUGCUUGAGAAAAUGAACUUGUCUGAAGCAAAACACACAAGCAAUAAUGUAUUGGAGGCUUGUAGUGGCCCUGUUGUAGAUAUUUCAAGCAACAGAGGUGUUGACAAGCCAGUAGCAGAUACUAGGUCUGAGGCAAUUGAAGCUUUGGAAGAAAAAGGUGACCUUCCAUUCACUCCCAGUCCUUUUGUGACAGGCAGGACGCGCUCGCGGUUGAGUCGUUGCUCCCUGAGAACCAGCAGAACCCCUGAGAGCAUCUUCUCCACGUCUACUCUGUUUGAGGAAACGCUGCCUACACCGGUCCGAACUCGCCGACAGACACCCAGAUCUCAAAGCUAUAAAGACUUUCAUGGCUUAUCACCUGCACUUAGCCACUUACCUUCCCAUUCAGCAGGGAGUAGCACAGGAGGGGAUUCCUUGCCGAUGGAUUGCGAGGACACAGAGUCCAGCACUCUUGGAGCCUUUUCAAGUGUGAAUGAUAGUCAAGCUGAUACACUCAUCCUUUCUAAAAAGGUAACAGACUCUGCUGGGGAAUCACAGACUUUGUGUGACACAGUUGUACUAGAGAAAAACCAGGACACUUCAGUUGAUGCCUAUGAAAGAAACCUUGCAGAGAUUAUUCUUGCUAUGCAACAACAGGACCUUGUAGAAGGUAGGGAAUUUCUGACUGAUGAUCUGACAAGUGCAGAUGAAAUAACUACAAAGGAAAAUGGGGAUGAUGCCCCUGGUGAGAACCAGGAAGACGGUCUAGAAAACAGGGAUGGCUGGAUAACUGAGGACUUGACCUCCCAGAUAGAUUCUGCGUCCUCAUCUUCCAGCUCCAGCUAUUUUUCCCCAAGAAAGUCGAGGGAAGAUUCUGACCCUUCUUGCACUCCAGGCACCGGAUGCACCCCGAGGUACAGCAUGAGCCGACUUUCAAGUUGCCGCAGGCCGCAGAGCCUGGCUAACCUGUCUUACACCCCUGGAGGACGCCCACAUAUUCUGGAUCUGGACGAACCCGUGGAGUACCUGUACACUGAUACAGAACAGGGCCACAAACUUAUUGAGACUCAUGUUCCGCCAAACGCGGACACCUCACUUAGUUCCAGCAUGAGUACUACAAGUAAUGAGGAGACCAUCCUUUAUGACUGGCGCCCAUUACAGACCGACAUGAUGAGCAAAAAAGGAAAGGAGAAUGAGAAACCCCAGGCGGUGGUGGUGGGACAGAGGGAAGAAAGUGUUGAGUGUGAGGAGAAUGUGUUGCCGGAAACCAAAGGACUGACUGACAAGGAGCUGAGGUUGAGGCUAAUGGAGCUGGGGGAGAGUCCAGGUCCUAUCAGCAGCCGUACCAGGCCCACCUACAUCCGAAGGCUGGGGCGCUUGUUACAGGAGACAAAGUUGCAAUCACAACAUCAACAGAAGCAUUUACAUCAGCCGCAAGCAGAUUUAGGUUAUAGUCCCGAAUUGUGUCGGGUCCUGCAGACCUUCAAGCUGCCUGAUUGCCAGGCUGAUGAGCAGGCUUUGUGCCAGCAGUUUGAUCAACCAGAUCAGAACAGGAAAUGGAGAGAAGGCAUAAUCAAGUCCAGCUUCAACUACCUGCUGCUAGAUCCAAGAGUGACGAAAAAUCUCCCCUUCCGCAGUCAAACCAUGACUCCGCAGGAGUGCUUCGAGACCUUUGUCCGUGCUAUAUUUUACGUGGGCAAAGGAAAACGCUCCCGCCCCUACAGUCACCUUUAUGAAGCUCUAGAGUACUAUAAAGGGGACAAGACCUCCAAGAAACUGUGCCUCAAAGUGCAGCACAUCCUUCAGGUGUGGAAAGCAGAGCAGGGCGUCAUCUCUCUGCAUUGUUUCCAGAACGUUAUUCCAGUGGAGGCUUAUACUAGAGAGGCCUGCAUGGUGGAGGCCAUCGGUUUGAAGAUGCUCACCAACCAGAAGCGGGGAGAUUUUUAUGGCAUAGUGUCAAACUGGCAGGUGAAGAGGAAACGGGAACUCGGCAUCCACCUGCUGUACCGGGCCAUGCAAAUCUUCCUGGCCGAGGGUGAGAGACAGCUCAGACCGGCAGACAUCAGACAGUAAGGACAACCACUGGGAUAAAAAAACAAAAAACAAAACAUGAGCCUGCAGAGGUAACAAUACCACUAGUUUAGCAUACAAAGCACUCCUUUGUUCGUGUGUGGUGACGCUUAAAACGUCCAGAAGUUCUGAGAUGUUACCAAGUAUUUAAUCCUUUCUACAAAUGAACUCUGAUCCGUCAAACUCUUAAGGGAUAUACUGUGUCACAUCAGGGCAUCUAAAAAUCAACUGAAAAAUGUUCCAUGCAUGAAGCACUGAGCAUUAAAUACAAAGUUAUGGAUAUAAGUGCCAAGUUAAAAUAAUGUAGUAUUCAGUUGUAAGAACACUUUGCUUUUACCAAAGCUUUUUUAUUGUUUGGGUUCUUUUUACGGCAGAAUCUGUUCUCUGGUCAUUUUUAAAUAACUAAACCAUAUACAUGUCAGAGUAGAAUGAAUACAUAUGUAUCAGUGUUAAUGGCAGAAUGGCUCCUUGUGGGAGACAUGAAAAAGAGUAAAUUUAACAUGAUUGUCAUGAAUCGAUUUGAUUAUCCACCCAGCCCUAUGUGACGUUUUCCAGUAAUCUUUUUGAACUGGUAGGUUUAGAUCUGUUUUCUUGGCGAUUCCCCUUUUGAAUGUGAGUAUUAUGCAUUAAUUUCUUUUUGUAUGUAUCUACUGUAUCUAUUGUAUGCAUUCUUUGUAUGGCCUGGGGGUGCAUUUCCUCAAAGCCUUUCCUUUUAUCUGCUUACAUGAGUCUACAAAGAGGUAACUUCAUUUCACAAGUCAAGAAAAAUAAGUAUGACGUGGGUUAUUUGGCCAAAACCUUCUUCUCACAUGUUAAUAAAUAAUAGUUUAAAAAAAAAAAAACAUCCAAAGAAUCCAGCAACGUGGUUCAAACGAAGGCAGUUAAUCAGGUUUGUUUCAUAGUGUUACAAAAAAAAAAGCAGUUUGUUUUGCAAUUUUUUAUACAAUUUAGAAUAAUCAGAAGUAGAGGCAGGAUGUUUUAGUUUGUAGGAAGAUUAGCAAAGUGUAGCUGAAACUAGUUGAUCAGCUCAUAAAAUAAAUGAUAAUCAAACAUAAUCCUUAAUUUUUGCCACAAAGAUUUUAUACGUCCAGGUCAUUGAGACUCUCCUCAGGUUUUUACAAUUGACUAAUUGUCAUGAAGCUGCAUAUAUUUUUCUUUUUAUCACAUAAAGGCAAGUCAAAAAACUGCAAAUGUGUAUUUGUAUUUUGAGAAAAGUGUAUUCGUUUACAUGCAAAACCUCAGGUUACAAAUCAAAGCGUAAGAGUUCUGUAUAUUGUCUGACAAAGAGCACUUCUAAAUUUGCCAUCAUUUACAUGAAAAAAAAACAAUAAUCUGCAGCCCAGUAUGCAUAGUAUGAAAAAAACUCCCUUCAGGUUUUAAUUAUUCUGAAAAUAAAGAAUAUUGACUGUAAGCUAUAUUUGACAGGUUUUGACAGAUUUCUCAUGUGCGGCAUCUGACACUCUUCACUGUACAUUUUUUCUUUCAUUGUGAUCAUGCUACUUAUUUGUUCUUUCACUUGCUUUUCUUUUCAUUAAGUAUGAUAGAAAACAGAAGAAAUAAAUCUGAAAUGGAUAAGUA